AGUCAGCCCAAAAUGGGCAGCGGACAGUCACGCGCGACGCACUUUCAACCUCCUGCCAAGGAGGCUGAUGAUGAUGACGACGACUUUGGAGACGAACACCACAUCAGCAUAUCCAAUAAAAUGGUAGAGAGGCUGGUGGAAGAUGCAACCUUAGCAGGGGGCGCUGCAGCGGCCUCGGGCGCGGUGGUGACGUCACGGGGAGACUACAAGGAAAAGAUCUUCAUGGAGAAGCUCAAGUGCAUGGACGAGAACCAUUCUGAGAGAUGCGGGAUAACCGUAGAAGACAUAAACGCCACAGCCGCGCGCAUAGAGCUGCGCACAGCGAACAUGGUGAGCCCUGAGCCGGUGUGCGAGGAGUGCAAGGAGCAGGUCAUCGACUGCUACAUCGCUGCUGAGCGGCCGUCCGAUAUCAUACGCUGCUGGGACACCGUCGGUGCCUUCACAAAAUGCGUGCAAGAUGCGGCCACUACGCGUCUGCGUGCGCGCACGCAGAAGGAAGCUCGCGAGCACGCUCGCCGCGAACGCCACGUGGCUCACGCUCGCGAGCACGCGCUCAAGGACCUCGCACCGCCUCGAGAAGGCACGGUGCCUUGA